UUUAAGUUCUGCGCAGCUGCGCUACGCCCGAUUUUUCUCAGGAACAUUUCAGCGCCGCAGCUCGUUCAGCUUAAACAUGUACGUGUGGUUCAGUCUGCUGGCCGGGCUGGCUCUGCUGCCGGCUCUUCUACAGACCCUGUGUCCAUACUUUCUCCAGGACUGCAUCUACAUGCUUAGAGUGGCGCGCUUCGGAGUCAGGUUAGAAAAGUACAAGAGGAGAACUCCUUUAUACAGCAUCCUGGACUGUUUCUUGGACUCCGUGAGGAGACACCCGCUCAAGCCCUUCAUCCACUUCGAGGGAAAGACCUACUCGUACUCGGAUGUGGACAGGGAAAGCAACAAGGUUGCGAACGCGCUGAGGGCCGUCGUUGGUCUUAAAGAGGGGGACACGGUUGCCAUGUUUUUGGGGAACGAGCCCUGCUUUGCUUGGACUUGGCUCGGCUUAGCCAAGUUAGGCUGCGCGGCUGCUCUGCUCAACUUCAACAUCCGAUCCAAGUCGCUUCUGCACUGCUUCUCCUGCUGCGGCGCGCGCGUGCUCGUUGCGGCCGAAGAGCUCCGUGGUGCUGUGGAAGAGAUUCUGCCUGCUUUAAAAGAGAAGGGCAUCCGCGUGUACCUUCUCAGUGAUGAGUGCAGCACUGAUGGCAUUAAGAGCAUCUCUCAGGCCAUUAAACAGGCAUCAGAUGAACCCCUGUCUCCUUCAUUCAGAGCCAAUCUUCACCUUAAGAGCACAGCUCUCUACAUCUACACAUCCGGAACGACAGGUCUCCCUAAAGCAGCUCUGAUCACUCAGGAGAGGAUGUGGGCAGCGUCCUUCAUUCAGGGUGUUUCUGGAGUCACUGCUGAUGAUGUGUUUUAUAUAAAUCUGCCCCUCUACCACAGUGCUGGGUUUCUAAUAGGACUGACUGGUUGUAUGGAAAGAGGUAAUUCUGUUAUUCUGAGACGGAAAUUUUCUGCCUCUCAGUUCUGGGAUGACUGCAGAAAGUACAAUGUUACAGUGAUGCAGUACAUUGGGGAAACAAUGCGUUACCUCUGCAAUACACCAAAGAAAGACAAUGACAAAGACCAUAAGGUGAGGAUUGCUAUAGGUAAUGGUGUACGAGCUGAUGUUUGGAAUGAAUUCCUCAAGCGCUUUGGAAAUAUUUAUGUCAGGGAGCUCUACGCUGCCACGGAGGGAAAUAUUGGCUUUAUUAACUACACCUCGAAGGUUGGCGUGGUGGGCCGUGUCAACAUCCUCCAUAGGAAUCUGUUCCCUUACGCCCUCAUCAAGUUUGAUAUCGAGAAAGAAGAGCCUGUGAGGAAUGCAGAUGGACUUUGUGUUCAAGCUGCUCAAGGUGAGACUGGACUGUUGGUUGGGAAAAUCACCAAAAAGUCUCCCUUUGUUGGUUACGCUGGAAACGAGCAGCAGACGGAGAAGAAGAGACUCAGAGAUGUUUUUGUUAAAGGAGAUCUGUAUUUUAACAGCGGGGAUUUGCUGAAGGUAGAUCACGAAAACUUUGUCUACUUUCAGGAUCGAGUUGGAGACACUUUCAGAUGGAAAGGAGAGAACGUAGCAACAACUGAAGUAUCAGACAUUCUAAUAAUGGUGGAUUGCAUUGAAGAGGCAAAUGUCUAUGGUGUUACGGUCAAAGGACACGAGGGACGGAUCGGGAUGGCAGCCAUCACACUAACAGAGGGAAAAGAGUUUGAUUGUGUUGACACGUGUAAAGUUUUAUCCAAUUUGCUUCCAGUUUAUGCCAGACCUUAUUUCAUUCGCAUUCAGAAUUCUUUGGAAAUGACAGGAACCUUCAAACUGAAAAAGGUGAAACUGGUGGCAGAAGGUUUUGAUCCAGCCCUCAUACAGGACCCUCUCUAUUUCCUUGAUUUGGCUCAGAAGAAAUACAUUCCCCUCACUCAAGAUAUUUAUAACUCGGUGCUGGCAGGAGAAAUUAAACUGUAAACCUGAAAAUGUACAAAUGUUCAAACUAACAAUUUGUAAACAUUUCUGAACACUUGUUUUCAUGUGCCUUGUGAAAACCAACAAUAUUAAAAUAGUGGCAAGCUAAUCUCAGGGAAUAAAGCAGUGAUUUGUUGUUUGUCAGUUUUUUUUAAUUCAUGGACCAAUCGUCUGUUGUCUUACUGACAAUAAAUAUACUUCAGUGUAAGAAA